GCCGAAGGAAAGGGUGCGAAAUAGUGUGUGUAGAUUAUUUUUUUGGUGUUGGCGUCUCUCCUCUUUUUCAUCAUCACCACAAAAAAAGAGUCAGUUGUGGUUUAAGCUAUUUCUGCUCCUCCAUUGUGGAUCUGCUUAUACUUUUCAGACCAUCUCUACUCUUCAUUGAAUUUAAUUAACAAAAAUGGCUGGAGGAGGGGUGAUCCACCAGCUUCUGAGGAGAAAACUCCAGUCACACUCUGGGGUCCCUCCAGUCUUAUCUUCCUUUACUUCAAAGAAAUUUCAUGAUGAUGCUGGAUCUUUGGGUAUGAAAUCCCUAAGAGCAUUUGCAUUACUCGGAGCCGGACUUUCAGGGUUUCUGAGUUUUGCAUCAGUAGCAUCUGCUGAUGAGGCUGAACAUGGGUUAGAGUGUCCAAGCUAUCCUUGGCCUCACAAUGGGAUUCUAAGCUCAUAUGACCAUGCUUCGAUUCGUCGUGGUCACCAGGUUUACCAGCAAGUAUGUGCAUCUUGCCACUCCAUGUCCUUGAUUUCAUACCGUGAUUUGGUGGGUGUUGCAUAUACAGAAGAGGAGACCAAGGCUAUGGCGGCAGAAAUUGAGGUGGUUGAUGGACCUAAUGAUGAGGGUGAGAUGUUUACACGUCCGGGUAAACUUAGUGACCGUUUUCCUCAGCCAUAUUCAAAUGAACAAGCAGCUAGAUUUGCUAAUGGAGGAGCAUAUCCUCCAGAUUUAAGUCUUAUUACAAAAGCUCGUCACAAUGGUCAAAACUAUGUGUUUUCUCUCUUAACUGGUUAUCGUGAUCCUCCUGCUGGUGUUUCGAUCCGAGAGGGUCUGCACUACAAUCCUUACUUUCCCGGGGGAGCUAUUGCCAUGCCUAAAAUGCUCAUUGACGGUGCUGUUGAGUAUGAAGAUGGUAUCCCUGCAACUGAAGCUCAGAUGGGAAAAGACGUUGUGUCGUUUCUGUCAUGGGCUGCAGAACCAGAAAUGGAAGAGAGGAAACUGAUGGGUUUUAAGUGGAUAUUCGUACUCUCCUUGGCGUUGCUUCAAGCUGCUUAUUACCGGCGUUUGAAGUGGUCGGUUCUCAAGUCUCGCAAGCUGGUCCUUGAUGUUGUCAAUUAGCUUCUAUCCGGCUUCUCUCAUUCUUAUCUUUGGGAGGACGUGGAUUGGCAAUAAUUCUCCUUUGUAAGAAAACUAGGUUUCUUGAGUGACCCAAAGAGUCUGAAAUUGAGGUAGAAAAAUAAGCUCCUCCAUACUUGUAAUACACUAAUGGUGCGACUCGGACAUGAAUUUUUGUUAUAUUUCUUUCUGGGUGAUGGAUAUAUCCUCAUGCUUGGUUUUACUGUC